UGUGUGCGCGUGAACACAGAAUGUCACUCGUAGCAAAGCUGUGUUCAAGUCGUUAGCAGACCCUCCUAAAGGAUCCAUUUUUUUUUAAACUACAACAAAAAACUCAGAGCUGACCUUCAUUUCAUUUCCACACAAACUGAACUGAAUCAUUUAGAUAUUUGAUGUUUUGAUGCUACCUUGAAACUUUUUUUCCCCACGCUGACUGAGCCCUUCAGGUGAAUCUGAAUCAGGAAGUGGUCGACGGUGCCGCAAUGGCCGCCAACGUGAGCCGUCCCGAGGGUUGCGGCGUGGGCGUGGACUCCAUCUAUUACAACUUGUGCGACCUCGCCUCGGCGUGGGGGGUGGUCCUGGAGGCCCUGGCUGCGGCCGGCGUGGUCUUCUCCUUUGUGCUGUUCAUCGCAGUGCUCGCCAACGUGCCCUUCACUCAAGACAGGAACCGCAGGAACUCUGUGGCGCUGCACGCCAUCUUCCUGGUGUGCACGGCUGGCCUCUUCGGCCUGACCUUCGCCUUCAUUGUGGGGAAGGACUUCUCCACCUGCGCCUCACGCCGCUUCCUUUUUGGUGUGCUGUUCGCGGGCUGCUUGUCCUGCCUCCUGGUGCAGGGCGUCAGGCUGAACAUCCUGGCCCGGACCAACAGCGCCCCUCCGGCUUGGACCUCGUGUCUUGGCGCAUUGGCGCUGGGGUUGGUGGAGGUGGUCAUCAACACCGAGUGGCUGAUCAUCACUGUUGUGCGUCACCCGCUGGCGCCACUCAACUCCACGAAAGAGCGAGGCGAAGCCACGGCCACGCCCUGCAACAUCGCUAAUCAGGACUUUGCCAUGGCGCUAAUCUACGUGAUGGUCCUCCUCCUAGCCGUGGUGGCGGCCAGCGUGUGCGUCAUGGCGGGCAAGCACAAGCAGUGGAAGGCGGAGGGUGCUCUCAUCCUUGUGAGCGCCGUCUUCUCCGUGGGAAUUUGGGUGGCGUGGAUCGUCAUGUACAUCUACGGGAACCGAGGCAGGGGCGGGCCCUCGUGGGACGACCCCACGCUUGCCAUCGCCCUGGUGGCCAACGCCUGGGUCUUCCUCAUCUUCCUCACCAUUCCACAAGUUUGCUGCUUGCAGAGCGGCGGCGGGUCCGACUUUGGGGAAGACUCGUACCCGAGCCGAGGCGUGGGCUACGAGACCAUCCUGAAGGAGCAGAACCCUCAGAACGUGUUCAUGGAAAACAAGGCCUUCUCCAUGGAGGAACCUGUACCAGCGUCCAAGCCGGUGUCUCCGUACAGCGGCUACACGGGCCAGCUGAGGAGCAGCGUGUACCAGCCCACCGAGCUCGCCCUUAUCACCAAAGCCAGCACGAACCCGCCGGACACGUGCUACGACACCGCCAUUCCAAGAGUCUCCGCCCACUUUGCGGCCGACAGCAUUAGUUCCACCCCCUCGCAGCACGGCGACAAGCCGAGCGCAGUGUAUCUAAAUGGAAGCGGCGUAGGGGAAUGUCCUGCACAGGACAUCUCAGUGGUGAACCAGUCCUGUCCUGCACCCUGAUAGUCCCGUCCACGUCUGGCGUUGUCCUGAAACAUGGAGAACAUCAUGUUCUUCUGCAACAUUAGCUCCUCCCACUUUGGCUUUCUACAACUGAAGACAUGUAAAUAUGUUUCUAGUUCUUCUACAUGAUGUAAAUAUACUUCAUUCCGAAUCAUGCACUAUGAUUUUGCUUAUAGAAUUAAUUUAAUAUCAGUAUUCCUGGUCUGCAGCAAAAAUAAAAGCACAUUUAGACAUUUCCUGUCAUCUUCAA